UCUGCCGGGUGCUAUCAUCCAGGAGCCACUCGACCACCCUGCAACCUCUGGAGGUUCACAUCGAUACAACGAACGGGCGGGAAGCCCGGCCUGAUAGCUCAACGAACAGUCGAAUUAAUUCCUGACGAGACCCUUGAUCCUAUCAGUUUCAUACACCGUGAUAGCAUAUCUGUCACCGUCUCGCUCCAGCAGCUUGCUUAAUUUCAUUUUUGUUUCGAAUCCACGUCCCCCUAAAACAUCCCCCCCAUCCUUCACAAUGGCCGACUACAAUUCCCUCUAUCAGCACAGCCUGUAUCUUUCCCCGGAUCAGCAAGACCUCCUUCUAGCUGCGCUUUCUUCCAACAACCCUCCGUCCAAACAGCAACCCAAUAACCAGAUCAAGAGAUCAACCUCCGAGCCAGAUUCCACCCCCGGCAACGCAUCGUCGAGCAGCUACAAUGUAUCGCCUAGCUUCGACCUCACUCAACCCAACUCCGGCACUCUUGGAUAUGGAGAUGAUGAAAGCCCUUUUCUCGACUUCAACCCGGAGCUUGACUUUGACUUUCAGGGUACAGAGAAUCUGAUCGGUGACUUGCCCGAUGGACUUUCUCUGCCGGACGAACAUGAGCCAGGCGAGAAAAGAAAGGACAUGGACGGCCCGACCGAGGAGAAUGAAGGCUCCGGCAAGAAACGAAGGGAAAGUGAUGACAAGACAGCCAAGAAACCGGGAAGAAAGCCAUUGACCUCCGAACCCACUUCGAAGCGCAAAGCGCAAAACCGCGCAGCACAGCGGGCAUUCCGUGAGCGCAAGGAGAAACAUCUGAAGGAUCUGGAGACAAAGGUGGAUGAAUUGCAGAAGGUUUCGGAUGAUGCUAAUCAGGAGAAUGGACUGCUUCGCGCCCAGAUUGAGCGUCUACAGGUGGAGCUCAAGGAGUACCGGAAGCGCCUGUCCUGGGUUACUAGUGGGAAUGGUCUCUCGGCUAUGAACGCUAUCCCUGGAGCCUAUUCCAAAGGCGUUUACAGCGGCCUUCAAAACAAUGAUUUCAUGUUCGACUUUCCCAAAUUUGGAGACCUUCCGGGUGCACACAUCUUCAACAACGGUCAAUGGGGCAAGAACCAACAGAACAAGCUCAAGAACGAUACCACCUCCCGGAACGAAUCGCAGGUCCCUGGCGUUUUGAGCCGAGACACGUUGAAUGGUGUCAAGGCCAAUGGAUCCGCCACAAACACGCCCAGUCCCAUGUCACAGUCGAACGGUGGACGCCUUCCUUCCAAGAGUGCCACGCCCAAGCUCCAAAUGACCCACAACUCUCAGCACGCUCCCUCUGUGCAGGACACUUCGACCUCUGACUCGCCGUCUUCCUCGUCUGAUUCUCACCAAAGCCAGUUCCUCUCUUCCAGCGGCACCUCACCCGAGCCGUCGGUUAACUCCCCCGCAGCCAAGCACUACCUUGACCACAGUAAUUGCACCUACUCCGGAAUCAACGGAGAGGAGUCUUUCUGCGCACAACUCGGUAUGGCAUGUGGCAAUAUCAAGAACCCGAUUCCAGCUGUCAGACACAGCAGUGUCAGUGCCACGAACACGCCCAGUCAGCCGAAUCAGGGCUCCACAGAAACUCCUGCACCCGAGCCUGCUCUCGACGUUCUCGCCCAGCAGAAUGGAGGACAAUUUGAUCCGGUGCUGUUCGGAGAUUGGCGCGAACCUCAAGAUGCGAUUUUGUCUCAAGAUUUCGGUACUUUCUUCGAUGAUGCAUUCCCGUUGCCAGAUCUCGGCAGUCCCUCGCACAACUUUAGUGAGGUGACCAGUCAACAGCAGCAGCCAAAGAAGAACUUGAUUGCAGAGAUUGACAGCAAGCUGGAUGAGGAUGAGGUGGUGCCUGGGGAAGACCAAACCCAGAUGAUGAGUUGCACUAAGAUCUGGGAUCGCCUGCAAUCUAUGGAGAGGUUCCGCAACGGCGAACUCGAUGUCGACAAUCUCUGUUCCGAGCUCCGCAUGAAGGCUCGGUGUUCCGAGGGCGGCGUGGUCGUUAACCAGCAGGACGUCGAAGACAUCAUGGGACGCGCCAAAUAGCCCACAACACAUGACGCUCUCGCUCAUUGACAAGCUCAACUAUCGCCGUCGCUACCGCUUCCGACACUAUUACUGCGUUUCAGAUACCCACUACCUACAAUGCAAUCACACUACCGCUAUUGAUGUCGUUAUGACCCAGGGGGAAAUUUUUGGAUAACGGAAGAUUUUUGUUUACCCAAGAGCACACAAAAUCGGACGGAAAACCAGCUGCCAUUUGGCAUAAUCUUUCGCCCAUAUACGCG